AUGACCUCCUCAAAGGGCAAACGUACCGCAAAGACCAAGGCUAAAAUAAAGGCGGAGGAAGCAGCGGCACUCCAGAGACGCAGAGCCCAAAAGGAAAUUGCGGUUUUCGGGGAAGAACGCGAGCCACGACCCGAAGUUUUGUCUGUUGAUGAGGUUUGGUGGCGCCGGCAGUAUGAAUGGCUGAAAGUUCGAGGAUACCUACUCCGUCCUCGGUAUGCUCUGGACUGGGUCCCAUCCUGGGAAGGUUCCAAAUGCCGUGUGUGGGAUUGUGAAGAUGGUCGUACUUUGCACUUUGGUCAAAUCAUGGAUGCGACUCGCGUGUCUGACGGCUUGUAUGUGUCUCUCAAAAUGGUGAAGAAGUCAGAGCACCCUCAUGAAGUAGAGAUCGGGCAAUAUUUCAUGUCAGAAAAACUUUCACCUGAUCCCAAGAACUACUGCGUUCCAUUUCUCGAUGUCUGGUCAGUUCCAGACGAGAGUGAUACACAAAUUAUCGUGAUGCCAUUAUUGCUUCCAUUUACCAAAAUUCAAUUUGAUACCUUCGGAGAAGGUCUGUUGUUUAUGCACAACAAUCAUAUUGCACACCGUGACUGCAUGUGGAAGAACAUUAUGAUGGAUGCCCAAAACCUGCAUACAGAACCAUACCACCCCAUAAUACCUUUCAUGAAGUGCAAUUUCAGUGGCCAUGUGGGUCAUUAUACUCGCACUCAGCAGCCACCAAAAUAUUACUUCAUCGACUUUGGCUUAUCGCACCGAUACGAUGCCAGUGAAGAAAACCCGCUAGAGUAUCCGAUGUUUGGGGGCGACAAAUCAGUGCCGGAAUUCUGGAACAAUAUGGAUGUCCCGAUGGACCCCUUCCCCACUGACGUCUACUAUCUUGGCAAUGUCGUCAGAGAACAGUUCCUGGAUGUAAGUAAACACUUACUUGGUUACCCUUCAUUUAUUGCUUAUGACUAUAAUCAAGAUGAAAAAGGGACGAUUGCCUCAUCCUUCUUCCGCUUCAGAGGUGGCUCCUGGAUGUCCAAACCAUCCGUACCAUCGUCAUCCGGCUUGCGCCUUUUCCUGUUGCCGACCUGCAGUGCCGCCUUGCCUUGA